AUGUCUUUGUCAAGCGCAGCCACUCCCCUACCCUCAGCAACGCCCUCGAGAUCUAAUUCCGAGCGCACUACCCCGAGCAAUAAUGCAGACGAGCUUCUAGCAUCCCAAAUACGCGCGUUCAUCACUGCAUCGGAGGAUGUAGAUAUUGAUGUGGAGACAAUUGAGGACCUUAUGAAGGUUUUCCCUGACUCGGCCAGUCGCGGGGAGGACGCCAGUGAUAAAUCUGAAGCUGACGUUGAUAUUGAUACGAACGACGAUGCAUUAGAGAUAGAUAUCAUGGAUGCUAAGGCUAGAACGAAUGGUUUUGUCAAAGCAUUAGAAACUUGGUCCGCACAGGAAAUACGCAUGAUGAUGCGCCACUUGAAGGAAUAUGGAAUGCAGUCGUGGCUCAAUGAAUACGUCCAAGUAAGGAAGUACUCAAUCCCAAACUUGCUGAACGCCUUUGGAAUCAAUCUGUGCCCAGAGCUAUCGUCCUUGAAUGAGAAGGCAAUGUUGUAUUUUCUCAAAGUUGCCAUGUCGAGGGAGCUCAGGCUCAGAGAAAAGCUGCCCCAAUAUAACACUGUCGACGACGCCGUGCAACUCAUUCAAUCGAGUAGACGGAUCAUAAUCCUUACUGGUGCUGGCAUCAGUGUCUCGUGUGGUAUUCCCGACUUCCGCUCUCGAGAUGGGUUGUAUGCUUCCUUGAAGGAUUAUGACUUGGACGAUCCUCAGCAAAUGUUUGAUAUCAACUAUUUCCGCGAGAACCCAUCUAUCUUUUAUUCAUUUGCAAGGUCGGUGGAUGCAUUCUUCAUGGAAAUGGCGUAUUCAUUCCCAAACAGUCAGAUAUAUCCUUCCAAUUUUGUACCGUCGCCUUGUCAUAAGUUUAUCAAGCUUGUAGAGGAUCGCGGCAAGAACUAUACCCAGAACAUUGACACUCUCGAGACUCUCGCUGGCGUGAAGAACGUCCUUCAAUGUCACGGCUCAUUCGCCACGGCGACGUGCAUCCAAUGCCACACCCACGUCCCAGGCUCCGCUAUCGAAGCCGAUAUAAUGAAGCGCCGCGUUCCAUUGUGCCGCGUCUGCAACCCCUCAGCAGACUCGAACGCGAAGUCUAGCCCAUCGCAGACCCCCAAGAAGGCGAAGGCGAAGCAUAGGAGCAAGAAGAAACAAAGAGGCGAGUGGGAUAGUCAGGAUGAGGAUAAUAGCGACGACCCAGAGUAUCCACCUGGGAUUAUGAAGCCGGACAUUACGUUCUUUGGUGAAAAGCUCACGUCCGACUUCGACCACUCGUUGGAGGCGGAUAGAUCUAAAGUCGAUUUAUUACUUGUGAUUGGAACCUCGCUGAAGGUCGCCCCCGUUGCUGAUAUCUUGUACCACCUCCCGCAUUCUGUUCCACAAAUCCUCAUCAACAAAACACCUAUCAAACAUAUCAACCCGGACGUGAUCCUCCUUGGCGACGCCGACGCCAUCGUGCAUCAUAUCUGCCAGAAACUUGGUUGGGAUUUAUCGCCGUCAUCCUCGCCAUCUCCCUCCCCUUCAGCAACGGCAGCAGUACAGUCUGACGCAAGUACUGCGGGUCCUAGCUUAGCUUCAGGUUCCACCCUUCGCUUCCAGCCUCCUCGCGGUAACGGGAACUUGAAGAAGCGGUCACUGCCCGAUUUACCUUCGCAUCAAGAGCCGGAGAGGGUUGGGAAUAGUCAUGUAUGGUUGUUUAGCGGUGCUGAGGGUGGAAAGUGGCUUGAGGAGAGGAAGGCUCAAUGGACGGCGGAUGUUACAAGCCAGGAGACAGCCCAUACACAAACACCACGAGAGGCAAAGAAGCCGAGAACUCAGUAG